CACAGUAGCUGUAAACAGUCAAGUUCCAUUUCUUUAUAACAAGUUUACAUAUUUAGAAAAUUUAAAAUAAAACAUCGAUUUAUUUGUUUGUUUAUUUAUUUGGGUUUUCCCUCUUUGCGUAGCUUUCCCUUUUCGUAGGACGACCGAGAUGAUGAUCAAUAUGGAAAGGUUGGAUUCUUUAAUUUGCGGUAUGAAAAUAAAGAGAUUGUCUUCAUCAAUAAUUGUCAGAUAUUUGUGAUAAAAUAAUAAUAAUAAUAAUCCAAAAAAAAUCCUUGGUAUUAUUCUCUUUUUUUUUUAUAGGGGGAUUGUAUUAUUCUUGUUGCUCAAAUAUUCUCGGCUCAUUUCAUUUGAUGAGAUUUUGAGCAAGGGCUUGCUCUUGUUCUUAUUCUAUGUAUAUCUCUCUACUUCCCCAUUGUGGUUUCCAGCUCAAGUACUUCUUCUCCGUACUACUGAUUUAUUGCGGUUGAUUUUGAUUUUUCUAUGGAAUGUUUCGUUUGUUAGUUUUCCUAUUUCGGAGUAAUCUCUUGCCAGUAUUUGUUAAGUCAAUUCUUGAAAAAAAAAAUCUAGGGUUCAUAGCUUAGAGCCUUGCAUUUUGAUUUCUUGGCUUGUAAAUUCAUUAGGGUUUAUAGGGGUCAUUACUGUGCUUUGUGUAAAUUGGAAGGUCCCCCACUCCUCUGGUCUACAAUUUCUUAUUUUCUUUCAGCCAUAUAUAUAUAUAUAUAUAUAUAUAUAUAUAUAUAUAUAUAUAUAUAUCUUUACUGAUUUCUCCAUCUGAUUCUCUCUCUCUGGGGUUCUUGCUAGCUAGUUUGUUGGUGAGGCUUGGGAUUCAUGAGAGUUUUUCUUUUUCCCUUUUUCUUUUGGUAAAACGUACUUUCCUAGAAUCAAUUCCAGUGACAGGUAGAAAGAGGGGAAAUAAAAAUUAAGAAAAAAAAUGGUGAGAGGGAAGGUGGAAAUGAAGCGAAUUGAAAAUCCAACAAGCAGGCAGGUGACGUUUUCGAAGCGCAGAAAUGGGCUGCUGAAGAAAGCGUAUGAGCUCUCAGUACUCUGCGAUGCAGAAGUUUCUUUGAUCAUCUUCUCUCAGAAAGGAAGACUCUAUGAGUUCUCAAGCUCCAACAUGCAAAAGUCUAUAGAGAGAUACCUUGAACGUGCACGAGAAGAGCGGGGAAAUGAAGUUGAACAACGCAUGCAGUUGCAGUAUUUAAAGCAUGAAGCAGUGUUGAUGACGAAGAAGAUAGAGCUACUAGAGAAUUCCCAAAGGCCAAAAUCUUGGAGCUUUCUCAUUCCAAGAGCUUCAAGAAACCGAAAACCAGCUGCACCUAAGCCUAACCAACAUCAGGGCCAGAAAGGCUCAACUAUUCAUGGAGGAAACACAAAAACUACUAGCCAAGGAAAAAUAUUUGUUGGAAGAAAAUUCCAAGUUGCGACAAAAGUGUGAAUUGAGGGAACAGAAAGAAAGGCAAGGCACACUGAGCUCCGAGGUUGUGACUGAAUUGUUCAUCGGCCCACCAACAACAAGGAAUGUUCAAGAUUUCUCAGCCAAUUAAAAAUAUGUUUUUUUUUCUUUUCUACAGGCAUACAUCCAAGUAUAUAUCGUAAAUAUAUACCUUACAUAAUAAGUGCUCGUUUGGUUCAAGUAGAUGAAUGGAAAGGGAAUGGAAUCAAAUAGAGGAGUGGAAUGGUAAUAAUAACCAUUAUUUUUAUUGA